AUGCAGGCGGUGUGCCUUCGUACUCGCAGCGAAGCCAGCUGCAUUCGUCUGGUGGGCUACGUGGCGGUCUAUCGGUUCUGCAUCCCGCUCGCUGCGCUGCACUUCAUCCUAAUGUUGGUCACAAUUGGCAAUUCGGACAGCCAGUCUGUGGCCGGCAAGCUACACAAUGGGUUCUGGUUCUGGAAGAUCCUCGUUCUGGCGGGUCUGUGGGUCGGUCUAGUCUUUCUGCCCAGUCUCAACACUACAACCUACGGUAAGAUUGUUUUUUGGCUUUCGAAUUGA